AUGGCGGGGGCGGCGGGGCUGAUGGCCGAAGUGAGCCGGACGGUCCUGGAGCAGAGGGCCCGGGCCAAGCGCUCAGGCUCCGUGUACGAACCUCUGAAGAGCAUCCACCUCCUGCAGCCCGACCAUGAGAGCCUGUGGGAGAAGCUGGACCGUUUCUACAGGAUCGUCAAGGCCACGGUGCUGCUGUACCAGAGUCCCACCACCGGCCUCUUCCCCACCAAGACCUGCGGCGGGGACCAGCACGCCAAGGUGCAGGACAGCCUGUACUGCGCCGCGGCCGCCUGGGCCGUGGCCCUCGCGUACAGGCGCAUCGACGACGACAAGGGGCGGACCCACGAGCUGGAGCACUCGGCCGUGAAGUGCAUGCGAGGGAUCCUGUACUGCUACAUGCGCCAGGCCGAUAAGGUCCAGCAGUUCAAGCAGGACCCGCGCCCGGCCACCUGCCUGCACUCCGUGUUCGACGUGCGCACCGGGGACGAGGUCCUGUCCUACGGGGAGUACGGGCACCUGCAGAUCAACGCCGUGUCCCUCUACCUGCUCUACCUGGUGGAGAUGAUUUCCUCGGGGCUGCAGAUCAUCUACAACACUGACGAGGUCUCUUUUAUCCAGAACCUGGUGUUCUGUGUAGAGAGAGUUUAUCGGGUGCCUGACUUCGGGGUCUGGGAGAGAGGCAGCAAGUACAACAACGGCAGCACGGAGCUGCAUUCCAGCUCGGUGGGCUUAGCCAAAGCAGCUCUGGAAGCAAUUAAUGGAUUCAACCUCUUCGGCAAUCAGGGCUGCUCGUGGUCGGUCAUCUUCGUGGAUCUCGAUGCUCAUAACCGCAACCGGCAGACCCUGUGCUCCCUGCUGCCCCGGGAGUCGCGAUCUCACAACACAGAUGCCGCCCUGCUCCCCUGCAUCAGCUACCCUGCCUUCGCGCUGGAUGACGAAGCUCUGUUCAGCCAGACCCUCGACAAGGUGGUCCGGAAGCUGAAGGGGAAAUACGGCUUCAAGCGUUUCCUGCGAGACGGGUACCGGACAGCCCUGGAGGACCCCCACCGGCGCUACUACAAGCCGGCCGAGAUUAAGCUGUUUGAUGGCAUUGAGUGUGAAUUCCCCCUGUUCUUCCUGUACAUGAUCAUCGACGGCGUGUUCCGCGGCCACGCCGCGCAGGUGAAGGAGUACCAGGACCUGCUGGCGCCCGUGCUGCACCGGACGGCGGAAGGCCACCCCGUGGUCCCCAAGUACUACUACGUGCCGGCCGACUUCGUGGAGCUGGAGAAGCGGAGCCCCGGCAGCCAGAAGCGGUUUCCCAGCAACUGCGGCCGGGACGGGAAGCUGUUCCUGUGGGGCCAGGCCCUGUACAUCAUCGCCAAGCUGCUGACGGAUGAGCUGAUCAGCCCCACGGACCUCGAUCCCAUCCAGCGCUUCGUCCCGGUCCAGAGCCAGCGGAACGUGAGCAUGAGGUUUUCCAACCAGGGCCCCCUGGAGAACGACCUGGUGGUCCACGUGGCGCUCAUCGCGGAGAGCCAGCGCCUCCAGGUUUUCCUCAACACGUACGGGAUCCAGACGCAGACGCCCCAGCAGGUGGAGCCCAUUCAGAUCUGGGCGCAGCAGGAGCUGGUGAAGGCCUACUUCCACCUGGGCGUCAACGACAAGCUGGGGCUCUCGGGCCGGCCGGACCGGCCCAUCGGCUGCCUCGGCACGUCCAAGAUUUACCGCAUCCUGGGCAAGACAGUGGUGUGCUACCCCAUCAUCUUCGACCUGAGCGACUUCUACCUGUCCCAGGAUGUGCUGCUGCUCAUCGACGACAUUAAGAACGCGCUGCAGUUCAUCAGGCAGUACUGGAAGAUGCACGGGCGGCCCCUCUUCCUAGUGCUCGUCCGGGAAGACAACAUCAGGGGCAGCCGCUUCAGCCCCGUCCUGGACAUGCUGGCGGCCUUCAGGAAGGGCGAGGUGGGCGGCGUGAAGGUGCACGUGGACCGCCUGCAGACGCUGAUCUCCGGAGCGGUGGUGGAGCAGCUGGAUUUCCUGCGCAUCAGCGACACCGAGGAGCCUCCGGAGUUUAAGAGUUUCGAGGAACUGGAGCUCCCCAAGCACUCCAAGGUCAAACGGCAGAGCAGCGCCUCCCAGGCCACGGAGCUGGAACUGCAGCCCGACGUCAGCCUGGCCGAGUGGCGGGCCAGGCCCACCCAGGACAUCCUGCAGAAGCUGGAGGACUGCAGCGGCCUGGCCAGCCAGGUCAUCCUGCUGGGCAUCCUGCUCAAGAGGGAGGGCCCCACCUUCAUCACCAAGGAAGGCACCGUGUCCGAUCACAUCGAGAGAGUCUACAGGAAGGCCGGCAGCAAGAAGCUCUGGUCGGUGGUGCGCCACGCAGCGAGCCUUUUAAGUAAAGUAGUGGACAGCCUGGCCCCGUCCAUUACUAAUGUGUUAGUGCAGGGCAAGCAGGUCACGCUGGGCGCCUUCGGGCACGAGGAGGAGGUGAUCUCCAACCCGCUGUCCCCGCGAGUGAUCCAGGACAUGAUCUACAAGUGCAACACGCACGACGAGCGGGGGGCGGUCAUCCAGCAGGAGCUGGUCAUCCACGUGGGCUGGGCCAUCGCCAACAGCCCCGAGCUGUUCAGCGGCAUGCUCAAGAUCCGCGUGGGGUGGAUCAUCCACGCCAUGGAGUACGAGCUGCAGCUCCGGGCGGGCGACCAGGCCGCCGUGGACCUGUACCAGCUGUCGCCCAGCGCCGUCAAGCAGCUCCUCAUGGACAUCCUCCAGCCGCAGCAGAACGGACGGUCUUGGCUGAACCGGCGCCAGAUCAACGGGUGUCUGAACAGAACGCCCGCCGGGUUCUACGACCGCGUGUGGCAGAUCCUGGAGCGCACGCCCAACGGCCUGGUGGUCGCGGGGAAGCACCUGCCGCAGCAACCCACCCUGUCGGACAUGACCAUGUACGAGAUGAACUUCUCGCUGCUCGUGGAAGACAUGCUGGGCAGCAUCGACCAGCCCAAGUACCGGCAGAUCAUCGUGGAGCUGCUGAUGGUCGUGUCCGUGGUCCUGGAAAGGAACCCCGAGCUCGAGUUCCAGGACAAAGUCGACCUGGACAGACUGGUGCGGGAAGCGUUCCGGGAGUUCCAGAAAGACGAGGGUCGGCUCCAGGGCGCUGGAAAUCAAGACGACAUGACUGCCUUUUACGACACGCCCCCGCUGGGCCGGCGCGGCACCUGCAGCUACCUGGCCAAGGUGGUGAUGAGCCUGCUGCUGGCCGGCGAGGUCAAGCCGGGCGACGACCCGUGCCUGGUCAGCUAG